AUGCUACUCUCACCUGAUCAGUUCUCUCGCCUCAGCGAGUAUGCUUCGUAUUCAAACCGAAGGCUCAAGGACAUGCUCCCCGACUUCCAGUCAGAAGGGAAAUUCCAUUCGUAUCUUGGCCAUGAUGAUCAGGGAAAUCAGACAAUCAAUCUGCAAGGCUUCAAGGCGUUCCUUGCCGAUUACUUCGAGGCUGACUUGCCCGCGGAGCUCAUUCAACAACUUUCGCGAUCGUUCUCAAAAGCACCGACUGUCGAGCGCCGAACAAGUGCACUUGAAAAAGCCUUCACAGCGGUACGAGCAGAAAUCUCAGACAAUCUCCAGAAGCUGGAAAGACUGGCGAUUGGUACCAAUGACCUUACUCUAGACAACGUCUGUGAAGAAGAUGCUGGAGAGCUGCAUCGUCGUAGUUUAACAAAUGUUGAAACUCAUAGUCAUGUUGCACCGGAGGAAUGCAUUAGACUGAAGCCGCUCAUCUGCACGCUAUCCUUACUAGAACCGGAUACGGCCGAAAAUAAGUUGGAAGUGGUGUUUCACGUUUACGAUUCCGAUGGGAACGGAUUUUUGGACAAACGAGAAGUUGAUGGAAUCAUUGAACAAAUGAUGAAUGUUGCGCGUUACCAGAAAUGGGACACCAUAGAGCUUGAACAGAUUUUACGACAAAUGAUGGCAGAGCUUGACCAUGACCAAAAUGGGGUGGUAUCCUUGGAUGAGUGGAGAAAAGGAGGCUUAACAAAUAUCCCGUUGCUGGUUUUAUUAGGCGUUGAUACGGUCCAUCAUCGUUGCAUGGCCUCUCUGGCUCAAGAAUGCAACCUUGGAGUCCUAUCUUACCACAUUCUACCUCCAACCCAUAUAAUUCCGGCGUUUCUUGAAAGGAGAACUUCGUCAUUCAAAAGACGCAUACGCGGGCGCUGUUUGUUGCAGGGAGUUAAUCCAGGACAACAUGCACGACCUUUGCUUGUGUUUGUUAAUCCGAAAAGUGGUGGUAAACAAGGUGUGCGCAUUCUUCAAAAGUUCGCUUAUAUUUUAAAUCCGCGACAAGUCUACGAUCUUUCGAAAUCAGGACCAGAACCGGGCCUUCUCCUCUUCUCAACGGUGAGCAACUGCAAUAUCCUCGUUUGCGGUGGCGACGGCACUAUCGGAUGGGUGCUUGAAUCGAUUGAUAAAAUGGAAGAUCUUUUUGAGCAUGGGCGGCCUCCGGUGGCUGUUCUCCCUCUUGGCACAGGGAAUGAUCUAGCCAGGUGUUUGCAAUGGGGUGGUGGAUACGAGAAUGAGAGCCUCAAUAAGAUUCUAUUUCAGAUCGAGAAAGCUACUAUGAUUGACAUGGAUAGGUGGUUCAUAAAAAUAAUGCCGAAAGACAAACACAAGAAGAAGGAAAGUGGUGAUUCACAGCCGUAUCAUAUUAUCAACAACUACUUCAGUAUUGGGGUGGACGCUUCGAUAGCACAUCGAUUCCAUGCAAUGCGAGAAAAGUAUCCUGAGAAAUUCAACAGUCGAAUGAGGAACAAACUAUGGUAUUUUGAGCUCGGUACAAGCGAAACCCUAUCAAGCUCCUGCAAGAAUCUUCACGAACAGAUUGACAUACACUGUGAUGGAGAGAUGAUCGAUCUUGGCCAAGAUUCAUCUUUAGAAGGGAUAGCUCUUCUAAACAUCCACUCAAUUUAUGGCGGAAGCAAUCUUUGGGGUCGAAGUCGGAAAGGAAGAACGCGAUUUAAUUUCCAGUUCCCACAUAUGAAUUCCAAUGACAAAAUGCACCUGCAGACACGAGUCCAGGAUAUUGGUGACGGAUUGGUUGAGUUAGUCGGACUUGAAUCAGCAAUGCAAAUGGGUCAAAUAAAAGCAGGAGUUCGUAGUGGAAGACGACUGUCGCAGUGCUCAGCAAUUGUCAUCGAAACAUUCAAGUCUUUCCCUAUGCAAAUUGAUGGUGAACCUUGGAUGCAGCAACCAUGCAUGAUUCAAAUCACUCAUAAAAACCAAGUCAAAAUGCUUGUUGCACCGAGAAAACGCAGCUCGUGGUCACUUUUGAGACGGCAAUCGACAUCCGACGAUAUUUAA